UAAAGACAUAAGUGUCCAAGAGCUGAAUAGCUUCUAUUUUACCUGCUUCUGCUACGACACCAGCAAUGUUAGGCUGCAAGCUAGCUUGAAGAGGAGUGUGCAGAGCAGCGCUGUCUCCGCCCACGACCCAGUGACAAAUUGCUAAUGAGCUACUGGAGCUCUGCAGAAGAGAAGGCCUUGAAAAUGACACAGGUAAUGUGAUUUUUGGUAAAAACUUCAUAAUCACAAUUUAAAGACCACUGAGAACAUUUUAAGUAGUAAAAAAAAAAACGAUCGGAGUGGAACUUCAAGGAGGCUGCAGAAUAGGAUCAUCCGUGUUGGAUCUCUUGACCCUAAUGAAUACCACUUGGGGAGCUAUCAUACAGAGGGUGUUUGAGUAGAAAGCAACAGCAGAUUGAGGAAACUUUUUUAAAAAAAGGAAAGUGAGAUGAGCAAAAUUAAAGGGUCAUUUCCUGAAGUAUGUGAAUGUAAACAACAAAGCAGCAACACCCAAAGUGAGAAAUGGUUUAAAAAUAGUAACCACAUGUGAGUGCUUAAUAAUAAGUAGCCUUCCUGGAAUGAGGUCUUUAUUUUCACCUGUUUUUCAUCGUACUGUCUACAAGCUUAUUGUUUUGUGAAUUUGCAGCUCAUGACACAUUAACUAAUAUUAUGAUAACAAAGAAAGCAACUUGGUGUUUUGUUUUCAAAUGCAUGCUUUACUUUGGCCAAGAGGAGGUAGAGAUCUGAUUUCCUGGAAGGUCUUGCAAUACAAAUAAAAAGCGGAAAUUAAUCACUUGGUCGUACCAGUAAACUCAUACCUGGACUUUUGUUUGCAUGCCUAAAACAGCUGAAUAGAUUAUGCCUUCAGAAGCUCAGCCAUUAACUUAUUAAUAAUGAACCUGAAACCAGUGAUGAACUUUUGAAAUUAAAAAAGUGAAACUCGAAAAUGACUGCUUGAAUAACCUUUCACUUUUGAAAAGAGGGGUUAUAUGAUUGAUUCAUAGCCCCACUAGCUCGGCAGGUGUCAUGUGAACCUUAAUGGAGCCUUUUGCUUAGAAACAAGCUCUGACUGCCACCAAACCUGUCCAGCAGGUGGGAAAGUAGUGCACUGGGCGCGCCUGUCUCUGUGAGAAGAAGAAUAAAGGAUUGAGAGAAUGAUGGAGGCUGGAGGUGGGAGGUGUUACCCAAGGAGGGGGGAAGUCGGACCUACCUGUGACUGUUUAGAUGAAGGUUAGGGACAAACAGUGAGGUAGAAAGGAACAGAGAAGGAAAGAGAGAGGAGCGAUUGUUUACCAGCAUGUCCUGACUGCUGCUCUGUAACUGCAUGAAAAAGCUGGACGUGAGAAAACUCCAGAAAACUCAUUCACCUGCUCUAACCUCGAAUCACCACUUGAAGUCCAAUGUCUAAGAAGGACGAGGUAAGUUUCUUUUGUUCCUCUUUUUCCUAUAAAACCAAAUCCUCCUAUUUCUGCUCUCUCCUCUAACUUCAGAUAGUGAAACUUUCUCUACAGUCAGUCAGUGCUCACUUGUCCCCCCUGGGCUCUGAAUGGUGGUCUUUGUUGUUUAUCUGCUUCCCUGUUUGAGUUUCACUCAGCUGGUUUGCUUUUAAAGCUGUUUGGCCCUCUUCAACAUAGAAAGUGCUUAUCAUUGCAGAGAUCACGGGGGUUUGUUCUCCAAUUUAGCUGACAGACAGCAGGAAAAGACGGAUUUGUUUUCACAAAACAUUCGAGCCAUGUUUUGAGCAGCUGUUUUUAUCUUUUUUGAAGGGCGUUGCUAUUUUUUACAAUAUUUUAAUCUGGCUACAACAUGGGAUCAUUUUUGUAAAAAUAAAGAAACACUUAAUUCUAGUUUUGUUUUUUUAAUCAAUCCAAAGUUUGAGAUAUAUGGUAUUUUCGGUGGGCUAUUAAUCCAGAUUCAAAAUAAUGCCUUUGUGUUGGAUAAAUGAUCUCAAAUCAACUGUUGACAAGCAAGUUAUACAUAUAUAUUGUAUUGCAUUUCUUCAAAGUACACCAGAUGAACAUUUAAGUUGACUGUCUUUGUAUUCUGUUUGCCUAAAUGAGGAUUACUUCAGACUCAGGAUGCAGACUCUAAUCAGAAAAGAGUUAUCGACUAUUCUAAGGUUUCAGGCCUGAGAAACUGAGCAACCAAACUCAAACAGACACUUACGUUUGCCAUUUCCUGUUGGCUUCCUCUGUGUGAUUUCAGUUAUUGUUUGUGUGAAAAACUGACCUUUUGAAGGCUGAUGUGAACUCCUAAUCUUUCAAUGUCUUUUAGUAAUUUUCCACGAUAAUUGCCCACAGGCAAACAAAUGCAAGGUGAUCCAAGUGUCCAACGCUCGGAAACACAAUGAGCCUGUUCCUCCCCCUAUUUUUGCUUCAAUUAAGUUUGCUGCAUUUUGCCUUCAGGCAUGUUUUGAAAGUUGAUCCAUGUGCAGUAGAAAAGGUCUUAUAAAACACCUUUUGUCUAAGUCCAAAUGUACCCUCCCCACUUCAACAUUGUCUAAUCAUCUCCUUCUAUUUUAAACCAAAUGAACGAGGACGCUGCCAUGGAGAUCAUGAAUGGAUGUUAAAAACUAAAUUAAGGCUGUUUCAUAUCCAGAGUUAGAUGCAUAGAUAUGACCAGUAUUUCUGACUGGAUUAACAUUAAUUUUAUUGACUCAUGACUGUUUUGUAUUUACCAGGUUUUGUCCACCUGGAGUAAUUAACAGUAAUUAGUAUGUAACCUUGUUCUAUUUCUCUGUACACGUGACCAUCACAAAAGAAACAUGAGCAACUCGUCCUAGCUUGGUUCCUCACGUUAAUUUCUGUAAAUGCCCCAGUGAUGAUGGGAACAAGUGAUCAUGCCAGACUGUGCUCGAACGAGUUAGGUCACAUUCUGGCUUUGUCUCUAACAUACAACAAUUGAGAGUACAUGGUGCAACUCUACAUUAAUGUUACUUGUUAACUUUAAUUAAAUAGAACAUUAAAGAACUAUCUUAGUAAACUGAGAUUGAAGCUAAUUUGAUGAUGUUUAGAGCUAAACAAGAGAAAAGCGCUCUACCUUUAUUAAAUAUACCGCCUCAGCAGCAGAUUAGUGUAACAUUACAAAGUGGACAUAAAAAAAACAGCCAGCUUUGAUUUUGAUUUUCUUCUUCUAAACUUAAACCCUGUCCUGAGAAAUUGAGUGACCGAUUAAAUCUUAAGUUCCUCAUACUUGAUUUAACAACAGAGACUCAUGAAUCAACAAGAGUCAAAAGGAAAGCAUGAAUCGAAACAUGAGGAAAUGAGCUGUAAAUACCUGAUGUUUUAAUCACCGCUGCCUGGAAAGGUCACGAACAUGCAAGAAAUCAGCUUCCUGAUUUAUUCCUGUCUCUACUACUGUAAUUUUACCCACAAAAUACGGCCCUGUGUCUUUAUCCUUGUCAUGAUUGAUUCCUAAUUUUCUGUUUUUGUCCAUUUCUUUCUCUCAGAACGAUCCCCCUCCUCCCUACUACCCCACCUCCAUGCACACCCUUCCUCCCAUCAAAUCCUAUGAGGAGGUGGUCUACGGUGUGGGUCCAGGCGUGACACCCCUCAACCAUCCACGCUACAUCCCUCGGUAUCCAACGCCGGUAGUUGCUCCUCAAGUCAUUGUGCAGAGCAUACGUGAGUGUUUUUGCAGGUCCCUCAUUUUCCUGUAUUGAGUCAACCAAAGAGAACUGUCAUAGAAUACUAAUGUGUGUUUGUGUGUAUGAUUGUGUGCUUUCAACUCCCAGCCCCCAGCAAAAAAAGGAGGAGGUGCUGCAACAAUAAUGCCCAGUGUUACGGAGGGUCAGGGGGAAUCUUACUGGUGCUCGGCCUGCUGGCAUUGGCCAUCUGGCUUGGAGGUAAACUGUGUUGACUCACUGAUCACUGGUCAUUUAGCUUCACUUACUGCCUUAUGGAUUUAAAACUGUUGUUUAUUUAAGCCUCUGGAGUUUAAAUGACGGUUACUUGUAUUUAUUAACCAGUUAAAGCUGUGUUUGACAAAGUUAUUCACUCCAUAAUGUCAGUUUUUACAAAAUAUUAACAAUUUAAGCUGAUUAUAGGGAUGUACAUUACCUUUUUUUUUAAUCAUAUUAUGAUAUAUUAUGUCUAAGUCCCUCUAUUUUGAGGGCCCACGACUAAUUUCACAGAAUUUUAUAUCCCCAUUUGACACAAUCAGUUGUAUUUCUCUUGAAGAUGUAAAAGUUAAAGUAAGGUUUCAAAUGCCUUUUAACAUGAAACCCUUCUAUCUGUCUUGGUAUGAUAUGCAUGUACAGUAAUUGAAACAGGCAAGUUGUGGGAAUUUCAAAAUAAAGCACAUCCGAAAGAUGACAAUGUGGUCUGAUAGACUUCCCAUCAGUUUGAUUGGAUCAUUGUUCAACCAAAAAUGAAUGGUUUAAUAGAUUUUUCCACCCCUAAUUAAUUAAUUCACUAUUAAGAUUAUUUUUUCUAUUUUGUUAUCAAGUUUAAUCCGUUACAUAUAUCGGCUGUGAAAAACGGUUAAAUCAUUACCUGUCACAAAUAAUUACCCAUUUAACAUGUCAUCCUGAUAAAAUUCAACAGUGUGAUUCAAAGGAUGUUUUUUGAAGAAGUUUUUGUUAUUUUUUUUUACUUAUUUUAGAUUCUGUUUAAGCAUAUUUAAAUACCGGAGUAAAAACGUUAUAACAUUAAAUUGAGAAUAGGAGUGCUUCUUCUUUGGCUGACAUCAGCUUUAACAAUAAUGUUUCUUCUCUGCUCAUCCUUACUCAUUUCUGCCCACUCCACCCCAGUUCGUUAUGGCACCCGUUUGGCAACAGUGGCCAUCUUUCACAACCACGACGAUGACGACUCUUAUCAGGAGCAAACUUCGUCAAGGAUCGACUCCUGCCCGAAUAAUACAGUGGAGUGUGAUGGGAUAAAACACUGCAAAUUUGGCUCGGAUGAAGCAAACUGUGGUGGGUAAACACAUACACACCCACACCCACACACACACACUCAAACAAACACCACCAAAACGGGAAAAAUUAGGCGACAGAUGGCGAAACAGGAGAGGCAGGCCCUGCCUAAAGGAUGCCCUCAAAAUGAAAGAAACAUGCUUGUGUUCAUUUUCUUGACAGAAACCUAAUAAAUGUAAAAAAAUAUCCUAUAGCAGGCAUGUGUGAAGCUUUGACAUAAGAAUACACCCUAAUGCUCCCCAUUUUUAUCUGUCAGUGAAAUACUUUACAACCCUGAAGUACAACCUGCAGGACUUUGAGUGCUUCAGCUUUUUUACAUUUCUUCUUGAUUAUGCAAUGUGCUGUUAAGUAACGAAUCAGCAAAACGACCCGCAGCCGCAUGCCUACAUUCCUCAUGUACCGCCAUGUGUAGCUGGUGUAUUUUUCCUGCUUUCACUGUUACCAUUACAGCAAGACUAGACUCCACAUUACUGUCACAUUGUGUAAGCAUAACCCCCCUGAGAAGGCAUCAUCUAAGUCGUUUGCUCUCUUUCGUCUCGCUCUCUCUCAGUGAGGUUUGAUAGAGCCGGCGGUCUGCAGGUGAGGACAUCUCAAGACGGGCGCUUCCUACCUGUGUGCUACAAAGGCUGGAACCAGAGCUACGCUGACCAUACCUGCACUCAGCUGGGAUUCAGAAAGUAAAGACACCUUACCUUUGCUUCAAGGUUAACCCGAUCUGAAGUGUGUUAAGCGACACAAGAGGGAGACCUGAAUGUUGAAAACCAUUUCACAUCAAAAUAUUUACACUCCCUGUUAUCAUUCCGAGCUGCCAGAAAGGAGUGAUUUAGAGAGCUAUUUUACCAGACUCUAUUUCAACAGCAGCUACUAAAGUGUGGGUUUCCAUCUCCAGCUUGUGAUUUACCCAUUGAGAUCCAUCUCAAUUUCUGCCCACCUGCUGCUGUGUGGUUAGUGUUGAAUUGAUUCUCCACAGGUCUCUCUGGGGGUGUCUCAGUGUGACAGAACUAGAAUGAGUUUUCAGAACCAAUCAGGCUUUGUUUUCACCAAAACACUCCCUGUAUGUGCAAUUUCUUUCAUUGUUCUGACCUGCGCUCCUCUCCCUCUCCAUCUCCAGCUCCUUUUCCUUCCGAGCAGCAUCAGCCCCAAACUCCAUCGGUCUAACAGUGACCAACAAAUUAUCCGCGCCUAUCCAAAGUGGGGUAGAAAUCAGGUGAGCAAUCAGGUUUCAGUCGCAGCUCAGAGCUCGUCUUCGAUCCUUCGAAGUACAUUUUAUCAUGAAGUCUUUCAACAUUUAUGAUGAAAGUUUAAUCCAAAAGACAGUUUGUUGCGCAUUUCUUGUCCGUGUGUAUUCAUGUAAACAAACCUGUUUUCCUCAUUGUUGAAUUACACAGCACCUCCUGUCCAAGCAAUGAGGUUGUCUCCCUGCAGUGCAUUGGUAAGCAACCUGCAUCUGUUCAUCAGUCAUAUGUUAAACACAAGCUCUCUCUCCCUCGCUGUCUUUUUCUAACACAGAUCAUACGACAGGUGUAGCUAUUUAUGAUCCAGGGAUGUUACUCAGAAAACCAUAACCUGGUCAUUUUAAUCUUGACUUUACAAAAACCAAGAGCUGGCACAUGUUUUCUCCACAGCAACAUAAAGUAUAUCAAACGCCUAUUUUCAUUCAUGAGAAAAAGUAUCGUGAUAUUUUGUCUGGUGAUAUAUUGUAUAAUCUCAAUUACAAAGAAUCUAAUUUGCUAAUAUGAAGUCAAUCUAUGAUAAUGGAAAAAUAAAAUCAACUGUUUGUCCAGUGAGGUUGGCAGAGGUAAAAUCAUAGAGCAGGCGAAAGUUAGUACAACAAACAGCACCUGGCGAGGGACAUCCGGAAUGCAAGCAGGGCACAAAUUAGUGUUUUGUCGUUCGCAAACAAUUCGUUCAAAAGGACCAAAUCUUUUAAGUGAACAUACUGAACCAAAUCACUUCCUCAAGUGAUUUGUUCGUUUCUCACUUCAGUUGAGCCGUCAGCAGGGCAGAUGCUAUAACACGCAGCAUUGCCAGGCGAGCAGCUGGCGAACAAGGGUUCACAUGCACCGACACCUGAAUCACUCGGUGAACAAAUCACGAAUCUUUGAACUACACACUCUGGAAUCAUUUUUGAAGGACAAAACUAACUUUUUAAAUUUAGAACACAGCAUGUAACAAGUAGUGCAUUAAACCGGUUUAAAGCGGUUUGUGAGGGAAUGGUGCAUGUUCAAUGUGAAUUCUUCUAACAGUUUGGUGAACGAAUCACUCACUGACCUGAUAAAUAGCAUACCAUAGGACGGUUCACCUAAAAUAUCAUGACUCAUAAACAAGUUCAUUUUUACAAACCUGUUUGCCAAAGCAACACAGCCACACACUCGUGUCUCUCGGUCCCCGAAGCUAUGAUCUGAACUGAAUCCUGAACCGUUCAGCUGUGUAUCAGUUCAGGAGGUCAGAUCACAGGCUCCUCCCACCAAGCACUGAAUGAUUCAGUGAUUCGAUGAACGAAUCUUUUGAACAAAUCUUUUUAGUGAAUUGAUUCUAGUGAUUCAGUACAUCUAAAAGAACUGCCGUGCCCAUUAUGAUGAAAGUUAAAUUUUUCACUAGCACAAAUGAGAUGGACAUGACAUAUGAUGUUUGCAAGAUGUUUCCAUGAAAAUAAAAUACUGCGUAAAUAUGACAAACAUAAAGGAAAGCCAAAUGCUAAAUGAGCUAAGCAGUUGAAAAAAUUGUAGUAAUCGCAAUAUAUGGUAUCGCAAUACUCAUUGUAUCACAAAUUGUUUAAAAUUGUGAUAAUAUCGAAUCGUAGUCCAAGUAUGGUGAUGAUAUCGUAUCGUGGGGCCACUAGUGAUUCCCACCCCCUAAUGUUUACAUAGAUGUUACUGCUGUUUGCACACAGAUAGGAAUAGUGAGCAGACCCUUGACUGAGGACCUCAGGGUGUGACUGGGUUCAUAAGGAUUAGACUUGUUUCCCUGUUUAAGACAAAUAAAAAAUUACCGAGUCAAAAGGAUAAAAAUAAACAAAAAACAUUUUUAGGAUCAAAAGCCAGUGUCCAGACAUUGUGUGUCAUAAAGUCUUUAAUAUUGACUUUUCCUUUUCAGACUGUGGAGUGCCAAAGGUUACCUCCAGGAUCAUCGGAGGCAGUCAAGCUGAGGUUGGUCGGUGGCCUUGGCAGUUGUCACUCCACUACAAAGGAUCUCACAUCUGUGGAGCCGUCCUAAUCGCUCCUGACUUUGCUCUGUCAGCUGCCCACUGCUUCCCGAGGUGACUGACACAGAAAAAUUAAACUUUGUAAUCUUUUUAACUCCACAAAAUAUUUGUUUAUUUUCCAUCUAAAACUACGAACUAUGUAGAAUUUUGUGUUGCCAUCCACCUAAAAUGAAGUCAGUGUCUUACCACGUCCUCUGUGUUACAGAGGCACUGUUGUACCAGCGGACUGGCAACUUUAUGGUGGAGUGGUGUCACUGGACGAGCUCUCUAGUCCUUACCUGGUGGAGAGGAUCGUCGUUAAUGAGAACUACAACACCACUACGAAUAACCAUGACAUCGCUCUGCUUAAACUCACAGCACCUGUUUCCUUUAACGGUCAGUCCCAUUUUUACAUAACCCAAACCACUGUGACACUUUUAUGCAUGUGCAUCUGACACAAUUGACAUAAUCUGGAAUCACAACAGAGUUUUAUAAUUAUAUUGUAUAUAUUUUGUAAUUUCCUGUAAAUUAAAGUCAUAAAUGCUCAUAUCAAACUGCAAAAUCAAUACAGAAGGCAGUGACGACUGUGGAAAUCUUUGUUUCUUGCUGUUCAGUCUGAGAUUUGAAGGCCUGCGAUGACUUCACAGUCAUGCUGCUAACCUGAUUUACCCUCCCCUGUAUAUGUGUGCGUUCGCAAAUGUGUGUCUGCAUCCCCUCUGCAACAGUAUAUAAUUCUAUCAUCAUUUAACAAAGUUAUAUUUGUCUUUUUUUGUCAUCCAGAUCAAGUCCAGCCUGCAUGUUUGCCAGCUUUUGACGUGCCAUUACCCCAUGGCACCCAGUGCUGGACCUCUGGUUUCGGCACAACUGAUGAAGGAAGAUGUAAGUUGCCUUUAUUCUAAAGGUGUAAACCCUUGUUGUUCUCAGGCACUUAAUGCAUUUUGUUCCAUUAUAUCCCUUCACUUUACUACAAACUCAAGAGUUAUGAAUCUUUUACCUCAAGAACAAUUUAAUUCACCCUAGUGACAUGCAAACAUUUAGAGUCAGAACCUUUUCAGAGCACACUUAAGUCUAACGCUGUGUGGGCCUGUCUGUGUACAAGGAAAUUGUUUAUUUGAUUUCCUGGUUGCACCUUGUUGAACUACAUGAAGCAUGUAUGAGUAAAUACAUGCCCAGAUUUCAGGUCACAGAUAUCACACCCAAUCCUUUCCUGGGUCAUAAGGCAGCAUUGAAACAGAUAAACAAAAGUGAGUCAUUUCCCAUGACCUGCAGCAAAAGCAAAUUGUUUAUUAGAUGGUGCAACUUGUUGAACUACAUGAUACAUUUAUAAGUAAACACAUGUCUAUAUUUAAGGUUGCAGACACCACACCCAGUUUUUCCCAGGUCAUAGGGCAGGAUUGUAAUAGAAAAACAAAAAUGUAGACAGACUAGAUCGACAGCGUCAGAGAGCAAGGGCAGUUUGAGACGAAUUAAAAAGCAGCUGUGUCCAGUCACCAGGUGGUAAAGUCUGGAUCUCUUAAUGUUGGUCUAUUAGCGGGUUGCUAAACUGACCUAGAAUAAAAAGUAUGGACUUGAAUACAGAACGUAGUGGGCAUGUGCAGAAUGAACGUUAGUAAAAAACAGAGGACUUGCAAGUAUUUAGCCAUCACCUUUUCCAGUCUCUACAGCCAAAUGUUUCAGAUUUGUUCAGCCUUUAUUUAGUCUUGAUUGAACUUUUUUUCCCCCCCAAUACAGCUGCUGUCUCCAAGGAUCUGAUGGAGGUCACCGUGGGCAUCAUUACCAAAGACGUGUGUAAUAGCCCCCGUGUCUAUGGUGGUGCUGUGUCCAGGAACAUGAUCUGUGCAGGGCACCUGGGGGGAGGCAAGGACUCCUGUCAGGUGAGCAGCUUGUUACACGUGCAUUCUUGACAUUUUCGAGAUGAUUGGAGGAAUUUCAGGACAGGAUAUUCUCAGGAACUUAUUAUUUACAAAUGCAAAGCGCAGUGGGAGGAUGCGCUCUUUCAGCUUGAGAUGCUCAGGUAAUGAUGUCUGUAUCUGAGUUUAUACCUCUACAACAUGUUGUGGCUAGUUGUGUCACAUGUGUUCAUUCAGAUACAGUCUGAAAACUCUCAGGUUUUGUGCAUGUGCGAAAAGGGCUGAAGAUACAUUCAUUUUAAACCUCUGAAAUACUAUUUUGAAAAAGGCUAAGUAAGGUAUUUUUUUUCCAGGGUGACAGCGGUGGACCUCUCAUGUGUAAGCAUGGGAACCGCUGGUAUGUGGUUGGGAUCACCAGCUGGGGACAGGGCUGUGGUAGAAGAAACAAGCCUGGAGUUUACGCCAAAGUCGGCAGUCAGCUUUCUUGGAUUUACAGCACUAUGGGGGUAAAAAAAACUGCAUGUACCCUUGCCUAUUUUGACCUAUUCCUUGUGUGUAUGCCUUAAAAAACACAACCAUUUUUAAAAACUUCUUUUUAAGGAAUCAAAAAUUUGAUCAGAUCUCAGGUCAGUGGCCAGUUUGCCCCACUGAGAAGCAUUGUGGUGUUUCUAAUGAAAUCACUUCUUGUGUCUCCUACAGCGAGAGAGUCUGUCAUAGCUCAGACUGCUGGUGGUCUACCUCUUCUCUUCCUUGAUGAACCUGCACUACGAGGCCGUCUCAGAGAGGCGGAUGGAUUUACACUUAAAGAAUGAAGGGAAAAGGAGAAGUUGCUCGAAAGCUUAUGGGAACAAACGCAUGAUAAAAUGCACAGAGAUGCAGAGACAGCACCUCUGUCUCUGUGAUCUAUUCAUAGACUCAUGCGUGACUGUUAUAUGUAUUACCUAAAACACACUAAUCGAUGCACUGACUUAAGUCUUCAGUCAUGAUUGUCCUCUUCUGUCUUUUGGUAUCUUAAUCACACAAUUUACUCAUGUUUACCUGCACAUUAAGCUACAAAGAUGGCUGGCCCUUCUCUCCACUCUGCUGUGAUCUCCUGAUAGUUAGGAUGAUACUCUCGACAAAAAUGAUUGUAGAUGUGUUUUAUCUCAGGGACACAUCUCAGGCUUUUUGACAUUCUCUGUUGUUUACCAUAUUAAUGCAAAAGAAAGACACUUUAUGUAUCACUUUGUUAUGAAGGAAAACACCUCUUUUAUGCCCGCUGUGAUUUUUUCAAUGUAUACCAAUGUGUGUGUAUGUGCGUGCGUGUGUAUGAGAGAAUUCCCUGUAGGUCACAUUUAUGUGCAGUGGCCAUGUUGUCAAAUAGAAUUUUCUGUGUGUGCUUUCACUGAGCAUACAUGCAAUAAAAAUG